CAUCGGGCUCAGUGUGCAGGGAGAGCUGAGCGGGGAGAGACGCUGCUGCUGCCGCUCGGUCCCCCCCCUCGGUGGAUACAAACACGGGAUGCUCGUCUUCGUUAAACCCUCCUUUUAAAACAAACGACCCUCACGCUGGUGCUAUAAGUGAAUAUAUAGGUGAAUCUAACGUGUGGUGCGCGGCUGACACAGAUGACACUGGCGUCUCUGAGUCCGCCGGUGUAACGUUAACGCGUCUUUGUUCGGCUCUGACAUCUGUCCUUCACCUCCGGUAUGGACCGUCCAGAGAAGGAGCACCGGUCCGACGACGAGGCCGAAUAUGAGGACGAGGAGGUGGACCCCAGAAUCCAGGGGGAGCUGGAGAAACUCAACCAGUCCACCGAUGACAUCAACAGAUGUGAGACGGAGCUGGAGGAUGCGAGGCAGAAGUUCCGCUCGGUUCUGGUUGAGGCCACGGUGAAGCUGGACGAGCUGGUGAAGAAGAUCGGCAAGGCUGUGGAGGAGUCCAAGCCUUACUGGGAGGCACGCAGGCUGGCCAGACAGGCUCAGCUGGAGGCCCAGAAGGCCACUCAAGACUUCCAGAGAGCCACCGAGGUCCUCCGAGCAGCCAAGGAGACCAUCUCCCUGGCCGAGCAGCGGCUCCUGGAGGAGGACAACCGGCAGUUUGACUCGGCCUGGCAGGAGAUGCUGAAUCACGCCACCCAGCGGGUGAUGGAGGCGGAGCACACCAAGACCAGAAGCGAACUGCUGCACAAGGAGACGGCGGCCAAAUACACGGCGGCGAUCGGCCGCAUGAAGCAGCUGGAGAAAAAACUCAAACGCACCAUCAACAAGUCGAAGCCCUACUUUGAGAUGAAGGCGAAGUACUAUCUGCAGCUGGAGAACCUGAAGAAGAACGUGGACGAGCGUCAGGCCAAACUGUCUCAGGCCAAAGGUGAAUACAAGACGGCCCUCAGGAACCUGGAGAUGAUCUCAGACGAGAUCCACGAGCGGCGGCGAAGCUCCGCCAUGGGCCCCCGGGGGCGCGGCGUGGGCGCCGAGGGCGACAGCGUCUCUGGGGACGACAUCUCCAACUUUAAGAUGGAGUCCGACGGAAUAUCCAUGGCGUCGGUGUGUUUCGACGACGAGGCCUGUGGCGGCAGCAGCAUCAUGUCGGAGGAAGACUCGGAGACUCGCUCCACCUGCAGCCUGGGCUCGUCCCCCAGCAGCCCUCAGGAGCUCCUGUCGCCCUGCCCCUUCGCCAGCUCCUCCUCCUCCUGCACGUCCUCCUCCGCCUCCCCGUCACCCACCCCGUCCUCCUCCUCCUCCUCCCCGUCUCCUCUGUCCCGGCCCUGCAGCCUGGACCUUCCCAGCACCGUGUCGCUGUCGGACUUCGGCCUCAUCUCUCCGGUGCUCGGGCCUCGCAGCGAGUGCAGCGGAGCGUCGUCACCAGAAUGUGACCUGGAGAGAGGUGACCGGGCAGAAGGUGCGGAGGGAGAUCUGGACAACGCUCCAACCGCCACCAACAACAACAGCAGCAGCAGCAGCAGCAGCAGCAGCAGCAGCAGCAGCAGCAGCAGCAGCAGCAGCAGCAGCAGCUCCACCUCCAGCACCAAGAAGAGCUUCAGCCUGGAGGCUCGCUUCAGCUUCCUGAACCUGCGCCGCCCGCGCGCCGACAACGCCAAAAACACGGACAGCUGUUCCCAGAAGGCCGAGGCCGGGCAGACUGUGGUCCUGGUCAAAUGAGUCCGAGGAGCAAACGGAGGGAUUCUGACUCAAAACUCUGUGACAAACUGUUCUCAGCUGUUUAUAAGCUACCUGCAACAACUGCACUCCAUUUCCAGCCUCCGCGGUCAAAGAUGGACUCUGGUUGUCAUCGUCGGUGUGUGUAGUAAUCGUCCCGCUCAUCUCGGCAGCGUUGUUGCUCCCAUUCCCCUUCUGAAGGACAUCGCACCUUAGGACUCUCGUGUCUGAGAAACAAAGAGCGCUGUUGUGUUGGGAAUGUGAAAGGGUGAAAAAAAAAAGAUGGAGGAAUUUCUUCUUGUUAUUUCUGUUUUUGUUCCAGUAGAAGCGACACGAGCAGCUGCCGGCGCUCGUCGCUCGGCAUGCUGUGAGCCGCGCACAGCAGAUGUUCUGCUUACUUUAAACGUUUAAGGAAAUAAAAGUCACACAUGUUGAAAUGUUCAAUAAAUAAGUUAAAUCUCUGAACCCUCUGCGACACGCGCCUGUAUCUGAUCUGUCAGUGUUUCUGUUUCCUCAAGUUAUGCAAGUAAAGUGUUCGAGUGACGCACGAUGGA